AGAUUCCGAGUUGAAAAAAUAUAAAUAAAACAAACGCAGUCAGUUAAUAUUUAUACUUCGGUUGAGCCGCUCGUCUAACGCUAGUUCGAUAAAGAGAUUUUUAUCUAUUUUGGUUUGAUAUGGACUCACCAUCGCAAAAUCAAAUAACUCAUUUAAUGAGUCACGAAGAGAAUUCUACACAACCACACAUCGCCAGUUCACAUCACCCCAACACUUAUCAAGGUUUAAAGACUUCGGAGAAUGAUGAAAAGAGUUUAAUAGAGAUUAUAGCAACAGUCCUCUCAAUCACACUCCUGGUUUUAACUUUUCCCAUCUCGAUAUUCAUAUGCUUUAAAAUAGUAACAGAAUAUGAAAGAGCGAUAAUAUUUCGUAUGGGUCGUUUACGCAGUGGCGGUGCCCGUGGACCUGGGGUUUUCUUCAUUUUACCAUGCGUCGAUGACUAUUUUAAAGUAGACCUGCGUACAGUAUCUUUUAAUGUACCACCUCAAGAAGUACUGACUAGAGAUUCAGUGACAGUAUCUGUAGAUGCUGUAGUCUACUAUCGAAUACACGAUCCACUAAAAGCCAUCAUACAGAUUUCGAAUUACAGUGAAUCCACACGAUUAUUGGCAGCAACUACAUUACGUAAUGUACUUGGAACACGAAAUCUUUGUGAAGUAUUAGCAGGUCGUGAGGAAAUUUCACAUACAAUGCAAGUAUCUUUGGAUGAUGCCACAGAGCCAUGGGGUGUUAAAGUCGAACGUGUAGAAAUUAAAGACGUUUCACUACCAAAAUCUAUGCAACGUGCAAUGGCUGCUGAAGCUGAAGCAGCUAGAGAUGCUAGAGCUAAGGUUAUUGCCGCUGAAGGUGAAAUGAAGUCAUCACAGGCUUUAAAAGAUGCUUCAGACAUAAUAUCAACCAGUCCUGCUGCCUUACAGUUACGUUAUUUACAAACUCUAACCAGCAUUUCUACAGAGAAGAAUUCAACAAUUAUAUUCCCGUUACCAAUGGAACUUCUAAGACCCUAUUUGGGUAACAACACAAAUACCGCUCCACAGAAGUGACGUCUAAGAAAAGUAUAAUGUAUAUUACAAUAAAAUUAAAAAUAAUGCAAUGCAGAAUUAGAGUAUAUAUAUAUAAUGGAUACUGACAAAUUCUUAAAUAUUUUAAAAUAUGUUUAUGUUCGAGCAAACGGAAUGCAUUAGCUGAUACCCCUCAUUUUAUUGAAUGCGACUAAAGUAAUCGGUACGUUCUAUCACGCAGUAUUUCCAUUACUUAAGAAGCCUGUGUAUUUGUUUAAGAGCAGUACUUGGUCGUUGAUAAAAGGUGACACAUAUACCUAUCCACUUUUGAAACGAACCCACAACACAAUUUAUUUCAGUUAACAGCAAAGCGAAUUCUAAUUAUAAAGAACAAUUGUUAAAAGUUUAUGUUAAAAUAUUUUUAUUCUAUAAUAUUGUUAGAUGUACAAAAGAAAUUUAAGAAUUGUUCAAAACCAAUAAAGAAAACUAACA